AUGGGCGACGAGGCGAAGAAGGAUGUUGUGCAGCUGGCUGAUCAGCUUGCCGAGGGUUUCUCGGUGUUGAGCGGAGAGUACCAGGCGCUCUUCGAGCAGCAGAAGCAGCUGGAGAGCAAGUUGUCCUGGGCUAAACAGCAGCAGUACCUUGACCUUCUGAAGCGCUUCACGCCGAGUACACUGUCGCAGGAUCACAUUGCGUUCCUCCAGGACCUCGAGCGCGUUGCCGAAGAGCAGCCUUGGGCGCGGCUGAACGUGGUGGAUCUGUUGGCUCAGGGCGAUGAUGUGGAGCGAAAGAGCCGGGCUGUAGUUAUUAGACAGGCUGAGGUCGCUGCGGCUGCCCUGCGUGCUCCCACCGAGGAUGCUGGUGUCAGAAUCUGGAGCGGCCCUCAAGCGGACCCACAAACAAUGUCAUCGAAUAUCCAAACGAGCAGUGUAUCAUCGCCCAUGGAGAAAGACUUCACCGCACCUGGCACGCCCAGUAAGCUUGGGUGCCCGUUUGCUGCGGGAGCAGGGAGAGGCAGCUCGCUGGCUACCCCGCGCAGCUCCACUUCGAGGAUGAGCUCGCGAGGCCGACGAUCGAAACGGCCGUCGUUCUGCGACCCCAUUCGCGCUGAGAUAUGUGGCAAUAUGCCAGCCGCGCCCUCGCCCUCUGCCUCCGUCGAGGGCUCUGCUGCAGUAUGCCCGAUUCGAUUCCUUGACCAGCACGAUCCUGAAGAGGUCGCGAAGUACUUCGAAAAGCACAAGCAUGAGCUGCCGCGGAGCCACGAAGUAUGCAUCACUCGCUUCCAGAGCAACCAAGAGAGCAUCGACCAGCUGGACCGCAAGUAUGGCAACCUGGUCAACAUGAUACAAGGACUGGGUCAGAAGCACCAAGCUUGGUUGCCAGAAGAGCCGGAGGACGCAGUCGAGGAAGAUGCGGAACAUGAGGCAGAUCCUGACUUGAAAGCAGACGCGAAGGUGACAAAGUGGGCCAGGGCUGUCUCGGAGAGCUUGCAAGGCGUGGCAUCGCCGCCAGAGGACAUAGCACCCGAGCCAGCUGCAGAUGAGGACAGGACCAGUCACUUCGACCGCCCGCUCAAGGACGUGCGACUGGGCGAGUCACCGAGCCGUCCAUGGGGCAUCAAUGUGCCAGCCAAGUACACGAACGCUCAGAGCUCAUCAUCGGUUGGAUCGGCCGCGACGGCCUCGCCGCCAGUACCUCUCGAGACGGACCGCGAGAUUGGGCAGACGCCUCAGAAGCCUGCUGGCAAGUGUCCGUUCGACCACGAAGUGCUCGCGAGAAUGAAGACAGGAGGGCCGCUCCAAGCGGUUCCCACGAUGCGCACGAUGCCGACGAUGCCGACGGUGGCGACGGCUCCCACACAGCCAGGACUCAGCACCUCCCAAUCGCCGAGCCCGAAGGCCGAGCCUACCGCGGCUAGAGUGAUUCCUCAGAUGGUUUUCAACGGUCCUGUCUUUCUUGGAUACCCCCCAGAGCAGCUGGCGAUGAUACUGCAGAACAGCAAUCUUGGAAGCGCGUUCCGUGGAGGCUAG